GUGUCGUCGGGAGCGGCGCUUAAAAACUCUUUAACUAGUCGGCGUUGGGGAGGGAGGACACACACACGGCGGCGAUGCAUGGAAGUGAGCAGAGGAAGAGACAUCUGUUCCAGUCAGGACGCUCAGCGAGCAUGGCUCAUCCGGAGAGUUGUGAGUGCGGCGGCGAGCGGCGCCACCCGAGCAUUCUGUACAACCUGCUGAAGAAAGAAAGCGCCCCGUGUGCGUCCGCGCGAGCGCCUCGUGGCGCCAGGUUCGCCGUAGCGGCACGCACAUGCGCGUGCGGUGUCGCGAGGCCGGUAGCGCUGCGCUCUCCCCACGCGACGUGCGCCGCGGCCUCGGCUGUGCUCGCCAAGACCCUGCGCUUCGUCAAGAGCGUGCCGUGUUUCGGUGAGCUGCCCGCAUGCGACCAGCGUGCUCUGGUGCGCAGUGGCUGGGCGCCGUUGCUUGUGCUCGGAAUGGCGCAGGACGGACUGGACUUCGAGACGCGCGAGAGCCCCGAGCCCAGCAUGCUGCAGCGCCUCCUCACCGGCGCGCACGAGCGGCCCGCCAGCCCGCGCGACCACGGCGCCAACGUCGCUGAUGGCGGUGGAGGGGUGGCACUGGCCGAGGCGCAGGGCAUUAAAGCUUUCCUCAGCAAGUGCUGGGACCUCGAUAUCAGCACCAAGGAAUACGCCUACUUAAAAGGAGCCAUUCUGUUUAACCCAGACAUUGCCGGACUGCAGUGUCAGCACUACAUCCAGGCUCUGCAGAGCGAAGCGCACCAGGCUCUUAAUGAACAUGUCAAACUGAUUCACCGAGGAGACACCACGAGGUUUGCCAAACUCUUCAUUGCCCUCUCAAUGCUACGAUCCAUCAACGCCAACGUCGUGGCAGGGCUCUUCUUCAGACCCGUCAUUGGCACAGUAAACAUGGAAGAACUUCUCCUCGAGAUGUUUUACGGAAAGUAGAAAGCCGCACUCCUCGGCCGACCUGACAGGUCUCCUCCGAGAGGGACAGUGAGCAGAGACAGUGGCCCGAGGCUUUCAUACACACAAAUUUUUACACAUGCUAUUUUUGUACAAUAUUUCCUUGGACUCUAUUCUCUUAAUGCCUUCUGAGUUGAGUUGAACUCAUUGCUGAAUCCAAAAUCUGACUUUAUCCUUUUUCGGGGGAAAAUAGCUUUACAUUGUUUUCUUUAAUAGACUAGCUUUUCUGUGUUGUUUUGUACAGCCAUAUUCUGAAACAGGCUAUUUAUUUGAGUAUAUUUAAACUUUAGAAACUGUUCUAAGCCUAUGUUUUUAUUGUUACAUUGAACAGUGCACACAUGCAUAUAUUCUGACACAACCUUUCUAUAGUUAUGCAUUUUGGUUUUCUGCAUUGAAAAACAGUUACCUGGAUUAAAGAAAGUGAUUGCAAGAAAAAAAUGAAUGAGAAAGUGAAAGUUUCUUACCAGAAGAGGGCAAUGUGAGCUCACAAACCUGGAGAGCUGAAGCGAGCCAGUGAAACCUCCCUGAUGGCAGACUACACCUUCAAAUUUCUAUCUCAGCCAAAAUGCAUAUCAGGUUGAACAAACUACCGUUUGACCAAACAAAGUGCUGGAACACAGGCACUGAAGUGUAAAACAUCAUGUUGUGUCCUUGUGACAGGAUUGGUAAUGCUUGGGUGAUUUGGGACAGGACACCAUAUGUUUUGCUGUGAAAGCAUUAGUCAUAGCAGUGUAAAGUAAAAUGCUUACGGCAACCUGGCACCUUGACUUUUUUUUUUUUUGAGAGAGAGAGAGAGAGAGAGAGAUGAAAAAAUAUUAAAACAAUAGCCUGAAAUAUUAAAAUAUUAGCUUAGAGGUGUGUGGUUUUUGGUCUGCACUCUGUCUAAACAUAAUGAUCUGUCACACAUUCUUGGAAAAACACAUAAAACAAACAAACAGAAAAAAAAUCACCACAAAAUGCAGUGAUACUUCCAUACAGCUCCAGGUCCCUGGUUCAAGUCUCAGUCUGGGGUUCUGUCUGUGCAGAGUUUUUUCCACACAAGGGCUUUCCUCAUCCCAAAAUAUUCCUUACAUUGUUUAAUUAUAAUACAUUUUUAUAAAUUCUAAGUUAUCACUAGGGAGUAUGUGAAUGUGUGUGUGUGUGUGUGUGUGUGUGUGGUAAUGGACUUUAGUUGAGGCCCAGUGCUCCAGGGAUAGACUCCUAAUCCACUGUGACCCUGAUCAGGAUUAUGCAGCUGAAGCUGAAGUAAUGAAUAAAGGGGAAAAAAUCAAAAGACGCUGCAAGACAGUGGAAAUUAAUUAUACGCUAUGAUCGGUAUUGUAGUGCACAUUAGAAACAGCGCACUGAUCUUGUUACCCUGUGAGUCGAUACAGUGGCAGACGCUAUCUGCAGUACAGAAUCCAUACCAGCUCUGAGAAGAUGAUCUCUGAGCGCUCUGCUGAACAUCACUCUCCUUUCUGAAUUCAACGCUCACUCACAGAAGGUGAAAUAUGUCCCUCCGCUCAAUCUACAGCAGCUCAAGUUAAAGUCAGUGUUUGACACUCGCUCUCUCUCUCACACACACACACACACACACACACACACCAGUUCCCCGAGUGAUCUCAUCUCAUUCCCAAGCAGGCAGGAGAUCAUGACGGAUUGAUCUGUGGGCCUGCGGUGCUGUCACAGCCCAUCCAGUUAUGGAAGACCUUUCAGCACAUCUCGGCUAAUUAAUCUGCUCCCCUGAGCCACCAAACUGCACAGACAGGAAAGUAACUCUCUCACACUGUCUCUCACUUUCUCUCUCUUUCUCUUUUAUUUUUCCACAUCCAAAAGUCACCUGCUAAAAAAACAUUAUAGAGUGCAGUAAAGGAAACUUUCUGAAUGCCAUGUCAUGAUGUAAGUUCUCCAAAUAAAGAU